AUGGCAAUUCCCGAGCAACGAGGUCAAGACGACCGUCCGCUUUUCUUCUUUGAUAUAGACAACUGCUUGUAUCCCAAGAGCAACAAUGUGCACGACCACAUGGCAAUCUUGAUUAACAAGUACUUCAUCAAACACCUCGACGUCUCGACUGAUGAGGCCACACGACUACAUCAGCAAUAUUACAAGGACUACGGCCUCGCCAUAGAGGGGCUCUCUCGCUUCCACAAAAUCGAUCCCCUGGACUUCAACCGGGAAGUGGACGAUGCACUCCCCUUGGAUGAAUUGCUGUCACCGGACCCGGAGACAAGGAAAAUCCUGGAAGCCUUUGACAGGUCGAAAGUCAAGCUGUGGCUCUUCACCAACGCGCACAUCACCCACGGCCGACGGGUGGUCGAGCUACUCGGAAUCGAGCAUUUCUUUGAAGGAAUCACCUACUGCGACUACACGGAGAAGCCACUGGUCCCGAAACCUCUGCCGCAAAUGUUCGCCAAAGCCGAACGCGAAGCGGCCGUCCCGCCGGGCGCUCAGAUCUACUUUGUCGACGAUUCGUUCUUGAACUGCGAAGCAGCGUAUGCCCGGGGAUGGACCAAUACGGUCCACUUGGUAGAACCUUCCGUACCGGACCCGCCAACGAAAGCAAGUAAAUACCAAAUCAGCCAUCUGAGAGAGCUGCUGGGUUUGUUCCCAGAAUUAUUGAAACAGUAA